GCUUAAGUUUUCCUGUGUGCCACGGCCCAUAAGCGCGUUGUGAAAGAUUUGAACAACGUCGAUGUAACGUACGGCGUGCUUUUACCAAGUGGAUUUCUAUCGUUGUAAUGUUUUUGCUAUUCACGAAACUAAUACAUAAUAGACAUAAUAGAUAAAGCCUACAAACAAGAAAUCUUUGAUAUUCUCACAUCGAUGUUUCCUCCCCAAGAUAGCGAACGAAACUUGGAAGUUCUGCAGGAAACAUACGAUGAGCUGCAACGAUAUUAUACAUUACUUCGUUUGAUGAGAGCCGAUCUGGAGAAAAUAACAAAUAAUUUCACUGCUUUGAAUGGAAUGUAACAGUUGGAUUCUCUAAGAAUAGACAUACAAAUUAUUAUACAAUUUGCAUAUAUGUUGUAACGUUUUAAGUUGUAUAAAAUGGAAGCUCGUAAAUCUAUGCAUAUAUAUAAGAGAAUGGAGACUUCACUGAAUAAGUCUCCAGCCUCUUCAUCAUCACUACGGAGGAAAUCUAUUGUCGCUCAGAAGCAACUGUCUAGUGUUCUCUCAGAAAAUGAUGAUGAGGCAGAACGUAUUGCUCGUCGACGUGACAUUUUCACACCUAAUACCUCAGCACUAGCUGGAUCUAACAAAAGACACUCCUUGGGUUUGGGAUUUCUAGCCAAUGUCCCGACACGCCAAAUAGCUGAAAGUAUCAACCAAUGUAUAAAGCUGAGUGCUGAAAACAAGAUCAAUAUAAAGAAUGCGUUCAGUCUGGAGAUGAUAGAUUUUAUGACAUAUAUGAUAAAGAAGCAGGACAACAAUAUGUCCAAUCUGCAAGUAGCCAGCACAUCUUUGGACGUAAGCAGUAAGAUUUACGGGUUUCGAGUGGACAGCGUGCAUACGGAGAUACUCAAGAUAAUCGGCGGUUUGGACAAGCAAGCUCUUGAGGAUGCUGAGCAGGACCAGAACAAGCAAGAGGCAGCGCUACAGGAAAAUAUGGACAUUGAUCUAGAGGUAUCCAAGAAGAAGAAGAAGAAGAAAACCAGACAGAAGAUCUGCAGCACCGUAGAGGCGUUGAGAGGCAAUAUUGAGAUCGUGAAACCCUUGUCCAUGAUGAUAGGCGAGGGCGAUCUGCAGACCAGCGACAUGCUGUAUCAAGCGAUGUUGCCUAAUCACGUUACGUCGGGUUUUUACCAGCAUUUGUACAACGACAUACUCGUCGACACUGUGAACGAAGAAAGCAAUGUAAAUUCGAUGAAAUACGCCAUACCGACAAUUGACGAUUUUGAACAACUGGAGAUUUGCGCGUCGUACUCGAACUUUGAAUUUCUUGGCUGGUCUGUUGAAGACGAGCCCGAAAAGAUGUCGGAUACAUCGGAGGUGGAACAUGAUGACGACGACGAGGCCGACAACCGUUUCCAAUUCGAUCUCGAUGCCAGUGUGGAACACGAGGCCGAGAAUCCGUUGCCCGAGCUUGUUAACUAUUUCGAUAUUGAGACGCAGGACGACAAGUACGUGUGCGAACGCCAACAACGGCAAGCGACAACGAAUCAUGUAGAUAAUAUUGUAGACGCUUCAGCUGCGGAUGGAUUCAAGCUUAUCGUCGCACCCGAAUACUCGUUUGUGCUGCCGAAUGCAAGUUUGCACUGGGCUGGACCGACUCAUUGGAAGUUCCACAAAUUCGUGAGACCGGCUGCAAACGCUGUCAUGAGCAGCAAGGUCAUCGGGGCGUGCAUGCAGGCGCCGCUAAAGAGGAGGAAAGAAAUCGAAUUGUCGUACGAAGGGAAUAAGGACGUGAUAGAGGCGAAGUUCGCGCUGAGCCAGUCCAACAGGUUGCAGGCGAAAACAGCCAAGACGGAGUGGAGCGCUGAGAAUCUGACGUUACCCGAAGAUAUCCACUACGAUAUCAUGCGGUUGGUAAAGCUGUACCUGCAUCAACAUAUGAGCAUCAAGCAGCAGCAGAACGAAGACAAAACUGAAGCCGCGGAUGUGUCUGACAGCGACCGGUACGAUUACAAUAACCCGAACGACACGUUGGACUACUGUCCUGACGUGCACAACGGCGAUUACGACGAGGCUAGGGACAACAAUGACGAGAAUGAGUGCAAUUUUGAGUUCGAAGACGACAGGAACGCGUUAGCCUCAAGUCUCAGUCAAGGCCUCACCGGCAACAAUCUUAUUUCGGCGCCGAAAUUGGCCAAUAAGAUAUCCAUCGCGUACUGUUUGAGGGCGAAGAGAGUCGACAUGCGGCAACUGAAGAAGUCCAUCUGGAGAUGCUUGAAAUCUACGAGCGACGCGGAUAUCACGAAUACCGCGGAAACGGAGAUGGAGGAGAGUACGAUGAAGGACCCUAAGAUGUUCAAUAACAUUUACAAGAUGUUGCCAAAGCUACUGACGAAGAACAACGCCGAGGCGCUGAGCGUGCCGCUCUUCUUUAUAUCACUGUUGCAUUUGGCGAAUGAGAAAACAUUGAACAUGUGUUCGUUACCGGACAUGUCUGAUAUCACUGUUGAAAGACGUUGAAAUCAAGAUUUGUUUUGCGCAUGUCCAUGAUCGACAGACGGGCGCGACGAAUCGGCAAUUUCUUGCAAAGGAUCCAGCAAAAUGAUCGUGUUAGUUAAUCAGUUGCUUUCACGCAAAUGUUUAUCCUUACACGCACCAACAACGAAUAUCAUAUUUAAAUUUUUGUUAUACAGAAAAUAAAGAAUCUUUUUGCAUUUUAA